AUGUCUCAUCUGCUAAUUCCAGUGAUCCAAUUGGCUUUCCUACAUUUGAACUAUACCCCCUCCAUCUUUGUUAUGCAUUAUUGCCAAGGUGACCUCUCCGAAGCACAGCUACAACUAUGUCUUGACUUAGAAAACCUACAAUGGUUCACCAUUGUGUACAUGGUGGAAUUCAGACUCCUUCAGCUAGCAUUCCAUUAUGACCAAGAUUUCGCCCCUCUCUGCUUUCUAGCCUUAUGUUCAACAACUGCACUGGUCCGUCAGUAUGCACUGAGAUUUCCUGACUAUCCUCUGCUCUCAACUCAAGCAGUUUCCUCUACUCCCUUAUCUAUGUCCAGUAUAAGCCAUCCUGACCUGCAAGACCUUGUCUGCAACGAGCCUCUCCCCUUGGGAAGUGGUCAUCUCUUCUCUUCCCCUCUGACCUUCCUGUAG